UUCAAAAUUAUUAUCAUUAAACACUGCUUUCAAAAAUAUUUUUAUUUCAAUAUUACACUUAUACUUCAAACUAAUUAUCUGGUUUUUGUAUAAAAUUAUUAAUAUAAACAAAUCGUCACAGUAGUUACUGUUAAGUUUUUCUAUGCCAUGCUUUCAUUAAGAGUUUUGUAUUCCAGGUAUUAUCCUGUAAUUGUGCCAAAAUGUGUCUUCAGUCAAGAUUUGGAAAAGAAGUAUACUGUGGAAGAAAAAACGAAGAUCUUGCAGGUUAUAAAUGACAAUGCAGAUGAACUGUCUAAGUAUGACAUAGCAAAAGCAAAAUUGAAGAAGGUGAAACAAUGGAAAAGUGAGAAUGGUCAGCUAAAGUGUAUCAGCGAUACCCAAAUGAUAGAAGGUUUCUCAGAGAGGAUUGCUCAUAGAUUGUUUAAUAGCAUACUAGAUGGGCCCACAGAUAGGUCAGAGUUGUCUCACAAGAUUAAGGGUCAAAUUCUACACCCACACUUAAGUGAUAGUAUCCGUCAGGAAUGUAGUCAAGUGCUUGCUGUAUAUGUAGCUGUGAAUUCGGUGUGUUGGACUCUAAUAGAUAAAAGGAAUUAUGAAGUUUUGGAAUGGAAGUAUCACAGUAUUGAUUACCCAGAGGGGAAAAAGAUGCAGAUUACAGACAUAUUAAAUAUUGCAUGGAAAGUAACACAGCAGUUGCCAACAGCAGAUAUAUGUGUGAUGAAGGCAGAACCCACUACCCUCCGUGCGGCCGGUAGCGACCCCAACAACCCUAAAGUGCUCGCUGUCAACUUGCAGAAGUCCCAGAUGGUCGCUAUGAUUGUCUCCCUUAUUAACGCUAAAAGCAACAAUAUAAACACAUCACUAAACCCUGACGAAAAUGCAUCAAAACUAGUCAAGGAUUUUAACCAUAAAGUGUAUUUUUUGAGGCCAGCACUCCCCUACAGACUAUAUGGAACACUAGUUGGUAACGAAAAGGUCUCAACUGACCAGACUGUCGAGAUGUUAUUGCAAGAAAUAAAUGAGAAAACUUCAAAUAACUCAAAAGUAUACAUCUCACCACCCAUCAAACACAUGUUCAGGUCCCAAAAUGAUUUGAAGAAGGAUAUGUUGGGACAUUGUUUACUUCUAGGGCUCACAUUCAUGGAUUUGUGUAUAUAUAAAAACCAGGAGAGUAUAAAUAAAUUAGUGAAACGGAAUGAUUAGGGACAUGUCUCAGUGAUAUGGCAAUCUUAGUGAUUUAGUUUUUUUUAUGGUGAAAGUGGAAUGGCAACUCUACCUGCGCUAACGGUAUACACUGGCGGGGAUGAGAAUGAAAACAGGCCAGUUAGCCUAUCAUGAUGAAUUCAUCAGGAAUGUACCAUGAUAGUUUCCAAAAGGGAUCGCAUGAAGGUCGACCUGGUUGGGUAUAUAUAACAAUCCCUUUCUCCCAUAGUGGCUUAGUGGUGUGUCACUUCCUCGCCAUCCAAUGAUUGUGAGUUUGAUGCCUGUAGAAUACCAUUGUGUGAAAACCGACCUAAUAAAGGUGUAGUUAGUAAAGGAGUCGUUAGUUGCCCGUCACCAACAAACGCGUAUUCCCACAGUUUGGGACUAGAAAGCGUUGUGUUUAUGUACAAACAGAGCUAUUUAUUUAAUUGUAAAUAAUAAAUGCCUGCUCAGACGAGGUACAUCAGUCAGAGUUUAUAUUUAGUUUAUAAAAAACACGAAUCACUUUAUUCAUAACUACCGACGCGCCCCGGUUUCGUACAGUUCUCUCUUUUAAUGAAAUACAUUUUAUAUUACUCGCUGAUAAUGUAACUUUCUAAAAAUGAAAGAAUGUUUAAAAUCGUUAAAGUAAUGUUUGAGUUUAUGCAUAAUAGAUAAACAGUCAAAUCUUUCCUCUUUAUUAUAAUAUUACUAGUUACUCGUCCCGGCUUCGCACGGGUGCAAUAUUUGUUUGUGUAACUUUUAAACUGUUGAACACAUUUUAGUAAGGCUGGUGUUUUGACGUGUAAAGUACUGCAUUAAUAUUCUCUAAAAUUUUAAAAUGAAGGGCCUAUUUAGCAAUUUGAUGUACGCACGAUUCUCCUGCGCCCCCUCACCCCGCCCCCGCCUACUAUUCUCGCACGGCCUGCGCCUGCGACAACGCAUUAAUGCAACCGGCUUAUUUCGUAAUAUCUUCUGAUCAACUGCAUCAAUUAACAUGGUAUAAAAAGUAAACUUUAACUCUAAUUUCUAAUGUAUACGCGAAACCUGUAUCUAAACAUAAUCUUGUAAUUUGUUUUAUUUUUUUUUAUUUUUAACGUAACCAUCUUUAUGGCUGAGGUUUAGAUAUAUGGUCUAGCGGAUUUUUUUGUAAAGUUAAAAGUAAUGAAUAGUUUUGCAUUUUAGUCUUUUCUUUCAAACCAUGUCGAAUUCUGCUCUGACCACCCUCCGGCCAUCCUCCGGCCCUCUAGCUGACUCAUCUCUCCUGCCUAAGGCCAUCACUGACGAAACUGACAGUAACUCCCUGAUGACCUAAAACAAUUAAUGAACGAAAAGAACGCAGCCAUAUGAGCUCAUGAUCGCUACCCCUCCGAACCGAAUCGGAUCGGAAAGUUAAGGACCGUGUUGCGGAACUCCGUGAUGAUCAGUUGGGCGCUUGUCCCACUGAUUUAUUGGAGUAGUAGUAGUUCUAGUAGUAUAGUAGAUUGCAGUAGAUUUACUCCAAGAGUUCACGCCAUCGCACACUGCGUAUUGGCGAGUGGCGAAAUUUCUCAAGACCGACCAACAUGACACCGACGUGCUUUCCUUAGUCAAACCGGACAACAUCCUAACCUUCUUAGACGAGGAGAGAGUGUUCUGUGUGUGUGUAGUGCUCUCCCACUCAGCAUACUCUCGGCCGAGACAGGUUAUGUUGAGAGGAUAGACGCCGAAGUCGAACUACAGAUCGUGUCUACCCCAUCUAGAAAAGCUUCCAACCGCCACACUCGACGAGGUCCAAACGUUGGUUAAAAAGUUACUAAUAAAAAAUUAACGGUAACUCUAAAAGACUUGUUAAAAGUUUGCCCGUCCACCUCUUACUACUUCUCGACGCGUCAUCUUUAAUGCGCGGCGCUCUUCUAUCCCAUAUUCCUAUAUAGCUGGAAAGAACUUAUGGUCAUCGGCAUACCUAAACCUGUCAAAAACAUCCCAACUUGCCAGUUACCACCGUGUCAGCCUCCUCAAAGCAAUAGGGAAGCUAUAUGAGCGAUUCAUCUUCGCCUGUCUGAGAGGUUCCAUCCAGUCCAGAAAUAUCCAAAUCGACGAGCAGUUUGGAUUCGGGGCUAAACAUUUGUGCCCAUCAAAUGUACCGCAUCACGGAGUACAUUCAUAGAACCACAUUCUACUUCGUCAUCAGGAGGCCCAAAGGUGGCAUAGGCAUCCUUUGUUUCGACGUAGCCAAAGCGUUCGACCAAGUAUGGUACAAUAACUUGGUAUACAAGCUACACCAAUUGAAAGUGGCAGGCAGUCUCGUGCACAUUAGACGAAACUUUUUGUCAUGUCGAUCUUAUCGCUACCGUAUCAAUGGACCGCUGUCUGACCCGUACCCUGUACACUAACGACAUCACCCGAUUCCCUGAUGUAAACAGCAGAAUGCAGUACUAAAACAUAUAUGUAUUUCUAAUAUAAAAUAUUUAGUUUAGUGAAAAAAACGCAUUUUGCUAGUCAGGCACACAUUUUCGCCUUAAGCGGAUUACGAGUAGUAGGCAUACAUCCUCCUACCCAUAGGUUGGGGGGGAUACCUUAUGCACUACCCGCCGGGCACGCCCGAUAGCAGCCAUUUGCAAAUAAGGCCAAUCGGCCGUUAUUUUAGUUUUUCCUUAUUACUGUAGUUAUAACGGUAUCAGUUAUCGCCGAUUUAUUAACUGUUUACCUUUUUUCGUGUGUUCUGUUAAUUUUAUUAUUGUAAUUAAUUGUAAAUUGUAGGUUGUUUUUUUUACAACACAGGUGGCAAACGAGCAUGCGGCUCACCUGAUGAUAACUGACUAUCGUCGCCCAUGGUCACCAACAGCAUUGCAGGUGUGCUGCCGGCCUUUUAGGAAAAGGAAUGUGCUCUUUUCUUGAAGGAUGAUAAAUUCGGUAGAAGAUGCACAGAGAUGCAACAUCUCUAUGCAGUGUCAGUGGGUCUAGUCGGAUAGUAAGGUGCCGAUCGUCAACAAGUCGAGCUGCCCGACUUUGAAUGCGAUCUAACGGAAGUUGGUUGGUUGUUUAGAUAAUCUUUUUAUCUUUUUUUAUAAAUUUGUAUUGCACCCGACAAAUCUCUCCCAACUACUUCCGCGAUACACUCGUCCCGUCCCUCUGCGAAGACUCCUUACACAUCGCACACACCGUCCUUGCCAGCAACGACGAAGACCUUACCCGAUUCACGUUCGCGUACGGUUAGGUAUCUGCCCGAACGCAUUUCGCCUACGUCGUCGCGAGCAGUCAGUUUUCUGCCCGAAUGCAUUUCGUCCCUAUCGUCUCCCAGCGCCAACGGUGGCGUCUCCCUUUCGAUCUACCGACCCCCGUCGAGGGACGGUGCGGUGCAAGUGCGGUGGCCUGAGUUGCGGUCCAAGCCACAAGGGCGUCUUCGGGCGCACGCCGCAGUCCAUCAGUAAGAGUUGACGUUUUGGUCGCUCCCCUCUCAUGAGCUUGGACAGUCUUCUGCACUCGCUCCUGUACACGCGCUCGGUGAGGCUGUAAAGGUCAUCUGCAGCCAACAGCAACAAAUAAUUCGAAAAAAAAAGAAAAUUAGUCAUUCGCAGUUCAGGUGCCUAACGGCUACUAGGCUUCGAGUAGCGAUAGUAAUUUGCCUGAAAACGUCUCGUUUAGUGGUAAAACACGUAUCGCAAAACGUGCGUGAUCAAAAUCGCAGUAGGAGAUUGAUGGCUAGUAUGGAAGGUUGUGGAAUUUCUGGUACUAAUAGUGGUGGUCGAUCGUCGAGUGUUGGUAGUCACAAACAUAUUAAUGGUAGCGGAAAUAAAACAAUUUUAAUCAAAUAACCAAUGACAAGAUAACAUCUAGCGCAGUAAAGUAUUAUUGUUUUCUUAACAAUACUAAUAUAGAAUCGUACAUACAGGAGAACAAAAGAUUCUCGUUUAUAUGGCACGAAGGUGGACAGCGAGUGAAAAUACCUUGAGAACUGCCCCUCGUCUGUGCAGGCACUUAUGUGUAUAUUGUGAUAUCAUACGGAUUUAUGUCGAUAUAUUUACAAAUUAAAUAAGUUAAUAAAAU